AUGACACAACUGAUCUCGACGAACCUGGUCCUCCGCGAGGAACAACCCAACGCCAUCGGUCUGGCUAUUCUCUGCCACCACCCCCUCCUUCCGUGCUCCGACGAUUGCGGCCAAGGGAAGCUGCAGAGAGUGCUGCAGACAGCUGCAGCAAGCCGAGCCCGGUCAGACUACGAGGCCACGGGCACAGGCAACGGAACGACGGGCGCCUUGCGCUCGAACAUGGGAAGUUGGGUGGUUGAGGCUGACAAAACAUGGGACGACGAUUCUGCCUCUUUAGCUCCGUCCCAGACGCUGCCCGAACAUGCAUCUGAACAGCUCAAGUUUUCCGCUACACCCGUCACGCGCCUAGUCGAAGAAGAGGAAGAAGACGACGGCUGGAACAGGACGCUCCGACCGGCAGCCCUCGAACUUCCGCCGGCCGGCCCGCGACUGGCACCGCUAUCGCAGAGGAUCGCCCAUUCGCGCGAGUCCAGCGCGGAGAAACUCGUACAGCUGCAGUCAGCAGCAGCUGGCAUCGCAGGUACUGCUUCUGUGCCAUCGCCAUCAGGUCUACACGCGCCGUCCCCCCGGACAGCCCUGAACGGGGUGAUUGAACGCGUCGUUGAUCCCAAGGCUGCAGCGUAUGGCCACCACCGACAGACGUCGAUCGUCCACGGCAUACAGCACUCGCGGAAUGGAAGUCAUUCUAGCUCGACUUCCAGCCCUCUCAGCCCACAGAUGAUAGCAGCCGCUGGUGCCGCUCUAGUUGCCGAACGAUCGGAAAUGCAGCCUUCUGCUAUGCGUCUUGAAGGAGACGUGUCGGUGCCGGCAGCGGCCAUUUCUCCGUCGCCGAGCGUGACGUCGACGUCGCGUCCCCCGACAGCGAUGUCGGGCACGACGGCGGUCUCGGUACCCAUGUCUGCGUCAGGAAGUGGAGGUGGAAAUGGGGGUGGGAGCGGGACCGGAACCGGAACCGGAACAGCCGGUGGAGGCGGCGGACUUGGCGCCGGCCCUGGUCCCGUGGUCCCAGAGAGAACGUCAUCUGUGGCGGAUGGCGGGACGCCCAGCCAUGCUCCAGCGCAACGGAAACUCGAGCGUAUGCACAGCGGAAAGUACCGCCAUGAGCAUUCGCACCAUCAUUCGCACUCACGCCACCACAAGGACGACCAAAAGACGGUGGGCGAAUAUGCGCUCCACGUGCUCUUCACCUCUUUUAUCGCGAUUGCGGAAGAGAAGCUGAGCGAGUGCGUGUCGUCUCCCUUUGAGUCGGAGCCGCACGUGGAGCAGAUCUGCGGGCCCGGAGUCGAUGCGGCGUUUGAUCACCACCUCGCAGCACUUGGGCACAUUGCCAAGCAGAAGCCCAAGCCGCUGAUCGACUCGAUGAUGCUGUGGCGCAAGAACAAGAGCGAUGCGGCCAACGAGGCACGAGCACAGCUGCAGCAGGCGCGAGCACAGAUGGGGCCGACGCCGCUGCAGCGACGCAACACGGAGCCGCUGCAGAUGCUGUCAGCCAACGGAGCGCUAGACAGCGGAGGGCUAGGCUCGACGACGCUGGCGGUGAAGCAGGAGGUAGUGGCCCAAGCGGAGCGGUGCUCGACGGUGUCGAUCUACGUGCUGUGCCGGGUGCUGUUGGAGGUGAUCACACAGAGCAGCCUGGCAUCGAUCACGCCGGAGAUGGAAGACAAGUUGGAGGCGAUCAUCUUUGGGCAGCUGAAGAUGGCGGACGCGGAGCAGCUGAUGAUGUCGCCGCUGCGCAAGGCGAAUUGGAACCUGUUUGCGGAGCUGCUGGGGGCGAUGAGCGAGAUCAGCUUUACGUCGGUGACGGGCCGGUUCAUCAACGACUUUGAGCGGGCGGUGCAGGAGACGAACGCGCGCAGUCCGGUGCUGGCGAGCCGCAGCGACGCGGAGGACCGGAUGGAGCUGGUGCUGAGCGGGAUGAAGCAUGUGCGGCUCAAGCUGGCGCCGGCAGAGGCGUGGGAUCAGUCGUGCGAUUUCAUGGUGGCUCUGGGUCGGCUCUUCAGCCGUUGUCACGGGCAGAAGGUCAAGGCAGCGUUCUGCUACAUUUUGGACCAGCUGAUGCUGCCGGUGGCGGCGCGGGCGAGCAACAGCGACUUCACGCGGCCAAAAUGGGGCGAGGUGCUGAGCACGAUUGGGCCGCGGCUGGCGCAGAUGUACAUGAAGCCACGGCACUGGUCGGGAGCGUUUCCGCUGACGGCGACGAUGUUGUGCGCGUCGCCACCGGAAAGCUUCAGUACGCAGUGGCUGCAGCUGGUGUAUCCGCUGCAAGCGCGGCUGAAGGACCGGGUUUCGAAGCCGCUGUGCCUGCAGGUGCUAUCGCGGCUGGUGUGGACGUAUCUGUACCGGACGACGGACAGCCAGGCGAGCACGGUGCGGAAGCUAGAGGAGGUGCUGAAGCUGGUGCUGCCGAACACGAAGCGACCGAUCGUGGCGGCAGAAUGGUCGGUGGUGGAGCCGCUGAUCCAGAUCAUUCGGCUGAUCGGGUUCAAGCACCCGGACUACUGCUUCAAGUCGAUCAUCUUCCCACUAGUGAACGCGGAGCUGUACGGGUCGUCGCCGGGACGCGAGGUGCGGGUCGAGCAGCUGGAGCCGGACAAGAUCGUGGUGGGCAUCCGGGCCUUUCUAGCAGUGGUAGGCGACCUGGAACGCGGCGAGAAGGGACGGCCGCCAUUUCCGCAGACCUACGGGGGUCCGCCGACGAUGUCGGGCGAUGGGUAUGGCGAUGGUGACGCAGGAAGUGGCAGUGGCAGUGGCAGCAACAACGAGGACGACGCGUUGGGGCGGCCGAUCGCGAUGGCAGCGCUGAGUGACAGCGUGCGCGAGCACUGCGUCCGGUUCUGCGAGAUUCUGGGCCGGAUAGCGAUCCUCUGCGACGGGCUGUUUGGUGGUCAGGCGGCACUGGACGAGAAGCACGGGGCGACGAGCACGAAUGCGGGGCCGAAGACGCCGGGGCCGACGGAGACGACGUUCAACUUUACGCGGCGCGAGGAGCAGCACGCAAACGCGCUGGAGCAGCAGAAGGCGGCGUUCUACGAGCUGCUGCACGUGGCGGUGCAGGCACUGCCGCGCUGUCUGUCGGCGGCAGAGAUGCCAUUCCGCGGGCUGGUCAAGCUGCUCUGCACGGGAACGGCACACACAGAGGCGCAGAUUGCCGAGGCAUCGGCACAAUCGCUGCGGGCGAUUGCACGGCAGCAGUCACACGCACGGCAGGUGACGACGAGCUUCUCACGCUUCAUCUUCACAUUCGACAGCCAGUACGUCCCGGUAUCGGACUCGGGGAUGCUGGGGGCCGAGCAGAUCGAGACGACGGUGCGGCUAUACGUGGAACUGCUGCAGAUCUGGAUCGAGGAGAUCCGGCGGCGGGUCGAGGUCGAGGAGGCCGACGUGGCCGGCAUCUUGGCCGAGGCUGACCAGGUGGAAGCGCACGGGCUCUUCUUCCUGUGUUCGCAGUCGCGACGAGUGCGACGCCAGGCGAUCACGGUACUGCGACUGAAGGACGAGUUCGCGACAGCGCUGAAUCGCAGAGCUCGGACGGACGAGCAGCAGCAGCAGCAGCAGCAGCCGCGUGUGAUUGAGGUGCUGGAGAAGGAGGCAGCGGCGAUCAUGGAUCUGAACGAUGAGUUUCUGACGGUGGCCGAGCGCAGUCGGCUGCAGCGGGGGCUGAAGAACGGCGGGCGUCAUGGGGCGGUGCUGGAGCUGUGCACGAGCGACCUGUCGUACGAUGCGACGCUGUGGUUCAAGCUGUUCCCAAACCUAGUUCGUGUUGUCAGCGACCGGUGUCCGGCUGCGGUGACUGUGGCACGUGACCUGGUGUGUGGCCGGAUCCUGGAGAUGUACAAGGCCGUGACGAUCAUCUCGGAGCCUCACCGCGGCCUGUUUUCCGGAAUCGAGCAGCAGCAACAGCAGCAACAGCAACAGCAGAACGGGCGGAACAACAGCCUGGCCAACAACAAUAGCUACAACGGGUACAGCCAGCAGCCGGCAGCGCUACAGCUGCCAGAAAACCCAGAGCAGCUGGUAGAGCAGUGGCGGCUGUUUCUGAUGUUUGCAUGCACGACGCUGUCGGAGCCGGGAAGCGGUCAUCCGGGCGAGAGCGUGGACGAGCAGACGCAGAGCACGGACGAGCAUCCGACCACGACGCAGACGCAGACGCAGACCGAGAAGAUUGUCAAGAUUGGGUCGGCACGCAUGCUGUUCAAGUAUCUGAAUCCGCUGCUGUCGGCCACGUCGACGUCGGUGCGCGAGUCGGUGGUGGCGGGCAUGGCUUCGAUCAAUGCACAUAGCUACCGGACGCUGCUGCAGGAGCUUCAGGGUCAUGUGUCGCGCUGCAACGACGAGGCGCGGGCACGCAUUCACCAGCGGACGCACAGUGGCCCCAAGCGUAACCGCAAGAUGGAUCUGCUGCGCACAGAGAUCACGCACGUGUACCGGCUGACGGCACACUUUUUGCAGGAGCCGUUUGUGUACGGCGACGACUGGGUGUUGGGUAACCUGGUGACGUACACGCGCGACAUCAAGCUUUUUCUCAACGACGGCGCCGUCCAGCUGGACAUGGAGUUUCAACGUCUGCGCCGCCAUUACUGUGGCCUGAUGGAGGAGCUGUACCGGGGCAUCAGCCGGUCACGUGAUCCGUCGCGCUGGAUGACGUUUGAGGCGCGCAAGUCGGCCUUUUCGCUGAUGGAGGACUGGUGCGGCUUCUCGCCGCAAGUAGGCGGAAAUGGCGGAAACAACAAUGCGCGCAGCCGUAUGGCCCUCUCGGCCGAGCCCGAGCGCAGCACACGGACGGCGGCGAUGGAGAUUGAGAAGCGCCACCUGCGGACGGCCGCGCUGAGCGCCAUGGCCGCGCUGUGUGGCGGACCGAUCGGCGUGACGCUCGCCAGCGGAGCGACGCUGCAGUUUGACGUGCGGCGCAUGUUUGCCUGGAUCGAAGGCAUCUUUGCGUCAGGCAAUGACCGGAUGCGCGCUAUCGGCCGCACGGCUCUGCAGAACCUGAUCGUGCACAACAAGGAGCACGCCUUUCUGCUGGAACACAGCAUCGGACGCUGCUAUGCGACCGAGCUGCCACGCGUUCUCGAGAGCUACUUUGAAGUCGUGACCCAGGUCCUGCUCGACCACGCCGACUACCCGACGCCGUUCUGGCGCCUGCUCGGCCUCUGUCUCUUCAUGCUGGGCAACGAGCAGAGCGAGGUGCGGUCGCGGUCGGUUCUGUUGCUGCGGGCGCUAGACGUGCGGCAUCGCCAGCGAGAGAGGGAGAAAGCCCAGAACCAGAGCCAGAGCCAAAGCCAGAGCCAGAGCCAGAGCCAGAACCAGAACCAGAACCAGAACCAGCUGCAGCUGAACCAGCUUGGUCAGACGCUUAGUCAGCAAACACAAGCUCCAGCUAAGCUGCAGGACUUUGACAUCAGCGUGGCCGACAAGACCAAGGCGGUCUACAAAUUAGCCCAGUACAAGAUCUCGGAGCGCGUGUCCAAGCAGCACACGGACCUGGCCUUUUACAUCUUCUCCGAGUUCACGGCCUACUUCAAGGAGCUGCAGCCGGCCGCCCAGCGCAACGUCGUGGCCGUCAUCCUGCCGUGGGUGCAGGCAGUCGAGCUCAAGGUCGAGCCGGGCGGUGGCCCGACAGCCGAGUCGUACGUGCUUCUGGCCAACCUGCUGGAGAUGACAAUCAAGAGCAGCGGCGCGCUGCACAACGAGAUCCAGGCCCUGUGGCAGGCCCUGGCCACGGGACCACACCCGGGCAACGUGCGGCUGAUUCUCGACUUUAUCAUAGCCCUCUGUCUAGAGCGUCGCGAGCAGAGCUUUGUCGAGUACGCGAAGCAGGUGGUGGUCUUUCUGGCCAGCACCAGCAGCAAGGUGGUCGACUUUCUGCUGAUGCAGAUCACGCCUACCGCCAUGGUGCCGAGCGAGAAUAGCAGUGAGGCGGCCAGGCCGGGGGACGGGACGACGACGACGACGGCGACGACGAUAACGACGAUAACGACGAUGACGACAACGUCGGUGCCACCCCUCGCGCAACAGAUGUUCCCCUACUGCGCGGACCUGAACGAGGCGCUGCCGGUCGGCACGAAGCAGGCGGGCUUCUCGCUCGGACAGCUGUCACUGAUCCUGCUGGUUGACUUGAUGGUGUCACCAGUGCGGCUGGCGGCCGACCAGGUGCCGGUGCUGCUGCAGGUCGUCACGGUGCUGUGGGACCACUACACGCCGUUAGUGCAGGAGCAGGCGCGCGAGAUGCUCGUGCACCUAGUGCACGAGCUGGUCAUCUCGGGCAUCGACGACAAGGAGACGAGCGCGGCCGACGGCGACGAGAGCGGGGCGGCCACAGCCUUUGAGGAUCUCGUCGAGCGAGUCCGGCGCCAUGACCGGUCUGUCGUGUGGGCCUAUGAAGACAGCAACGGCAAAGGCAGCAGCAGCAGCAACGGCGGCAGCGAAGGAGAGGGCGUGGCCGAUGUCGGCACCGAGGUCGGCAGCAGCAAGGUGCCGGCCAGCAUGGAGCGGCUGACAGGCGAGAUGGUGCAGACGUUUGAGACGGCCUUUCCCGGGAUCAAGGAGCAGUGGGCGCGGCUGUCGCUGACGUGGGCGACGUCGUGUCCGGUGCGCCAUCUGGCCUGCCGGUCCUUCCAGAUCUUCCGCUGCAUCUUGACGUCGCUGGACCAGUGCAUGCUGGCCGAGAUGCUGGCGCGGCUAUCCAACACGAUCGCGGAUGAGGACGGGGAGAUCCGGACGUUUUCGAUGGAGAUUUUGACGACGCUCAAGACGCUGAUUGUCAAGCUGGACGGCGACCGGCUGCUGGCCUUUCCGCAGCUCUUCUGGACCAUGUGCGCCUGUCUGGAAUCGAUCAACGAGGGCGAGUUUGUCGAGGCGGUCGAGAUGCUGGACGGCUUUCUGGGCAAGCUGGACCUGCAGUCGGCGGCCGUGCGCCAGCGACUGCUGGACGGCCAGCCAGCUCGAUGGGACGGCGCCUUCGAGGGCCUGCAGCCGCUACUGUACAAGGGCCUGCGGUCGUCGCGCUGUCUGGACGCGACGCUGCGGGCGCUCGGCCGCGUGGUGCAGCUGCCGAGCGACGCGCUGGUCGGCGAUGACGACCGGCUUUUCCUAGCCCUGGUGGCGAGCCUGCCGCGAAUGUUGGAGGAGCAAGAGUCCGAGAGGGGCGGCGAGUCCGAGAACAUGGCGUACACGCGCACGCUGCUGGCUCAGGCGACGGCCCAGGGCCACGGACAGAUCGCGGCCGUGCUGGAGACGUACCUGCAGUCGGCCCACGGCGACGAGACAGAGUUUGCGGCGCAGAUGUUUGCGGCCCUGCACGGCGACCAGUUUUUGCCACGACUCGACUUUGCACUGAUCUCGAUGUUGAUGGGAAUGCUGACUAAUAGUCGACCCUGGGUUCGGCUCAAGACGAUGCGGCUGCUCUGCGUCUUCAUCCCGCGCACCGACAUGCGGCAGCCCGAGAUUGCUGGCCACGGAUCCGAUCUGCUGUCGCCGCUGCUGCGGCUGCUGCCCACCGAAUACUGCAUGGAGGCGCUGCAGGUGCUGGAUAACAUCAUGACCAUGUCGGGCUCGUCCAUGGACAAGCACCACAUCCGGAUGAGCAUGACGCGGUCGACGUCACGGGCCAUCCGCAAGCAGUACGAGCGCACACAGAGCCUGUUUGGCAUCCCGGAGGAAUCGGGCUGGGCCAUCCCAAUGCCAGCCCGCAAGACCGACGCCACGCGCGCCAACAUCCGCCGCGUCUUUUACAGCUGUGGAGAGCUGAGCGGUGGGACUGGCGACGGCAGAAACGGCAGCAGAAACGACAGCAGCAGCAACAUCAACAACAACAACGACAACAACAACAACAAGCCGAUCCUCGGCGACCAGCCAACCGAUUCCACGCCGCCGGUCGAGUUCCACGCCGAGGACUAUGGCUUUGCGUCGAUGGAGCGCAACGACGCGAUGCUGUCGGACGAGACAGGCCUUCGCAGCGACGGGGUGGGCAGAAACAUGCAUAUCCACAUGAGUGCUGCCGGAGGUGACCUGGUGACGAAGCUAGACAGUCUGGACGACUUCUUCGACGACGACAACAGUGGCGGGCGGCUUCUGAUGGUUGGCGGCAGCGGUGCUUCGGGCGCGCAGCUGUACGACGAGAUCGUGCCGUUGCUGCACCAGGCAUCGGCCAAUCCGGCCAUGACGACUCAUCUGCACAACCAGGCCUUUGCCGAUCGGCCGCCCGGAUCGCGAGAUGGUGGCAGCAUGGCGACGAGCACGCCCAACAGCGUCGGUGCCAACAUGAUGACGCCGGCUGCCUUCAGUCCCGGCUCGACGCUGCGUCUUAGCCCCGGCUCGACCGGCUCAAGCAUGACACGACCAGCUUUGCACAUGCGCUCGGUCACAUCGCCAUCGGCGCCUUCGGCUGCUGCUGCGUACAUGCGCGACCUUGUGUCGGACGACGAGCCCGACGAGGUUGUCUUUUCGGACGGCGAGGACGACCGGUCGUGGGUCGGCAGUCUGGGCGGGGGUCCGGGGCGAGGACUGGCCGGAAACAGCGCCUUGCCGGUCAGCAUUGUGGCCAGCAACACGACCACCCCCAGCGAGGGUUCUUUCUUCUUCGAGACCAUGAUUCGGCCGCUGGCCCAGAGCACUCGGUCGCGCAUGCGAAGACUGACGGGCAGCCGGUCGCGCGAUGAGCGAGCCGCCAUCGAUCUUGGAUUGGGCGGCGGCAACAAUGCGAACACCAACAUGAACACGGCCUCUGUCCCCAUGGGCGUCACCAGCAGCGCGCCCGGUGCUCCCGGCGUGCCGGCGCUGCCAGCAAUGCCUAGCAUGGGCAGCUUGCCGGGGACGCCACAGCCCAAGGUGCCGAAUGCGUAUCUGACAAAGGGGCCGUCGAGCGAUAUGUUGUAG